AUGCUCCACCAAACAAUAACCACCCUCCUCCUCCUCCUCUUCUUAACAUCUUCAACAGGUACAGCCGAAACGAUAAUAAACACCACAAUCCACACUCCCUCCACAAACCUCUACCUCCAACGCUCCCCCUCCGGCAGUCUAAUCCUCUUCCCCUUCACCUCCACCACCUCUCCACCACCACCAACCUUCAUCUCAAACUCCUCAUUCGUCUCCCAAGACACCCUCCAAAACCACCUCAUCUACUUCCCAUCCGACCUAACAGCCACAAACCUCUCCCGCGUCCUCCUCCAACCCCUCUCCCAAAUCCCCCUGGGAGCCAGAGGUCUCCGUCUAACCUACAUGCAAGGCUCAUCCGGUCUGGACGGUAUCUACAUCGGAACUGACACCCUAGAAAACGGUCUAUACCUAAUCGCGUGUGUUCCUUUGAUAUUGAAUAAUAAUAUUACAUUGUUGGUUGCGAGGAAUAGUCCGUUCCCACCGAACGUGGAGUUUACGAAUGAUGUUAAUAGGAGUUAUUUACCAUUCACUACGUUGGGGUUUCAACAUGAUGGGUGUGAAGCUGUGACUUUGGUGGCGGGGGAUGGUGGGGUUGAAGCUUUGGCGUGGGGGAGUGUGGCGCCGAAGUUUGGAGUUAUUGGAGAGGAGGAGGUGCAGUAUGUUGGGGGGGUUAGUGAUUAA